CUUCAGGGAGGCAGCGCUCUGCCCAAGCAGCCGGAGCGUAGCCUGGCCUCGGCCUUGCCUGGCGCCCUGUCCAUCACGGCGCUGUGCACUGCCCUCGCCGAGCCCGCCUGGUUGCACAUCCACGGAGGCACCUGUUCGCGCCAGGAGCUGGGGGUCUCGGACGUGUUGGGCUAUGUGCACCCGGACCUGCUGAAAGAUUUCUGCAUGAAUCCCCAGACAGUGCUGCUCCUGCGGGUCAUCGCCGCCUUCUGUUUCCUGGGCAUCCUGUGUAGUCUCUCCGCGUUCCUUCUGGAUGUGUUUGGGCCCAAGCAUCCCGCCCUGAAGAUCACCCGUCGCUAUGCCUUCGCCCAUAUCCUCACAGUCCUGCAGUGUGCCACCGUCAUUGGCUUUUCUUACUGGGCUUCUGAACUCAUCCUGGCCCAGCAGCAGCAGCAUAAGAAGUACCAUGGAUCCCAGGUCUACGUCACCUUUGCUGUUAGCUUCUACCUGGUGGCGGGAGCUGGUGGAGCCUCAAUCCUGGCCACGGCAGCCAACCUCCUGCGCCACUACCCCACAGAGGAGGAGGAGCAGGCUCUGGAGCUGCUCUCCGAGAUGGAGGAGAACGAGCCCUACCCAGCGGAAUAUGAGGUCAUCAACCAGUUCCAGCCACCCCCUGCCUACACCCCCUAAUGCCAGCCUUGGGCUCUCUUCCUCGGCAGCCCCUCCCCCAACUCUGCAGCUCCUCUCGCGCCCAGAGGAGCUCCUUUCCCCAGCAGGCCUCACUGGUAGGAUCCUGACCAUCUUCUCCAAACCUUCCCCGGGAGAGACUCUGCCUUUAGGGUCAUCCAAGUGUCCCUGCUCUCAGAA